AUGCUCGACCACUACUACACGCCGCGAGACCCCCUCCCCGCGGCGGACGGCCUUCUGACCAACUAUGUUUCUCCUGCGGGAGUCGGAAUUGGGGCCGGAGAGAAGCCCAAGCCCCUCCCUCCGCGAACGGUGGUAGACUUGACGAGUCUCAACUUGGACCAAAUCCCCUUUUCUUUCGACUGCGACUCUGACGAUGAGGACCAGAGUGGGAGUGACGAUGGAUAUGUUUCGACCUUGUUAAGGCUGCAGAAGUCGUUGCCCAUUGUUUCGGUCCCGCGUAAGAUUGCUGGAGCUCGUCGCGUGGCUAGGGCAGUGUCGUCGCCUGCUGUGCCGACUACAAUGUCAAUGGAGGUGGAAUCGGACACAACGGGAGCGAGAGAGGCAAAUACGGCACCAGAGGGUGAAAUCUUUCAAAGUAUCACCGCCAUUCCUGGGCUGGAAACGAUGAGUUUCGAGGAGCUUCGCCUUGAAACCUAUCUUCAGUCCCUGAUCGCAACCGGCUCAGCUCGACCACAACCAGCCUUUACCCCGGCAAUGGUCAUUCCUCCCGCUUUCAGUCCUCAGUUCUGUGAAUGGGAUCCAGAUUCUGCAAGCAACGACGUUGAAAUGGAUGCACCCAGCGCUGCUUCUCCCUUAACCUCAUCUCCACCCUCGGUUUCCCGCUCUGCCUCGUUUCCUGUUACCGCUGGCAAUGUGACGUGGCUCUGA